GUUACAAGAUGUCGGCCAUACGGGUCCUCUCUAUUCAGUCACAUGUUGUUCACGGCUACGUUGGCAACAGGUGCACCUCGUUCGCCCUGCAAAUUCAUGGCGCUGAUGUGGACAUCAUCAACUCCGUCCAGCUGUCAAAUCACACCGGCUAUUCAACUUGGACAGGUGAGGCGGUCGGUGCAGACCAAAUUUGGGAACUGUACCAAGGUCUUAUUAGAAACGACUUAACUGACUACACGCAUGUUGUUACUGGGUACAUCAACGAACCGUCAGUGCUGUCAGCCGUUGAAAAAAUUGUCAGGGACCUGAAAAUCAGGAACCCAAGCAUCAAAUAUUUCUGCGAUCCGGUUUUGGGCGACCUUGGAAAGCUGUAUCCACUAGUUCCUCGAGAAAUGGUCGACAUAUACAGAGAUCGCAUUUUGGCAUUGGCUCACGUUGUUAAGCUCAAUCAAACUGAGCUCGAACAUCUCGUCUGUCAGAAAAUAACCUGUUUGGACCAUGUUCUUUUAGCCAUCGACAAGCUGCACCAACUGGAUAACAUAGCUAUGGUCGUUGUAUCUAGCGUGUUUCUUGAAAAAGACAAAAUUAUGAUUAUCGGCUCAAAAAAAACAGAAAACUCUGGACCAAAUGCAUCGUUUCAACGCUACUUGAUGACGAUCAACCAGGUGAAGGAAAACUUCAUUGGAACAGGUGAUCUGUUUACUUCGUUGUUGUUGGUGUGGACAGAAAAAAAGGACUUCUCGGAAGCUAUUCGAUACACUGUUUCGGCAUUACAAGACGUCAUCAACGUCACGGUUCAACAGUUGCCCACUGUUUCAUUGAAAUUUAAGGAGAUCAAACUUGUUCAAAGCAGAGAAUUUUUGCUAAACCCCACUCUGCUAGAUCCCCCUACCGAAAUCAGACCUCUUGACUGAAUACUCUACAAGUCUGCCAUAGCUACUCUAGAUACUUCAGAAAAAUAAAAGCUAACUUAGCUAUAAAUAUAGCUGUCAAAAUAACCGUCUAAUUCCUCGUAGGACAUUUCAUAGAUCGUCGCGAUUUCAUCGUAGCUAUGCUUUCCAUUGGUUAAUUGACUCAGAGCUUGUAUUUUUUUAUAUUCAUCGCCUUGGCAAGUCUCUAGCUUUUGACGAGAGCAGCUAACGGGAUAUUUGUGGAUCCUUCUUAUUAAGUUGUUGAUCGUGCCAAAGGUAACUAACUUCCUCACAUCAAUAUUUUUUUGGUGUAAAUUGACAUCUUUGCAUAAAUCCACGACUCUGUAAUCAGGGCCUAGUUUGCAAUAUAGCCGAAAGAUCAGCUGAAUCGGUGGACUGGGUCGAUUCAAGCGUUUUGCAACGCUGAAGACGCACGCCUUCUGCAAUUUGGGGCUCGUAUAUAGCCUUUGUAUGCCAUAUUCGGCGGUAUAUAAAUUGCUGAAUUGAAAAAUAUCAGUCAUCUUGAUGUAAUUGUAAUACAGCAGGUGUUGCAAUACAUCGAUGACAACCUCAACGCUCAUAUCAGAUAAGGUAGCAAUUUUUUUGACAUGGGCCACCCCAUUUAUAUAUGGUAUGACAUUCCGGAAAGUGAUGUCCAUGUUUUGUAAAUUGCAUAAAAGAGAGUUGAGUAGACUACAGUUUGGCAUUUGGGUAAUCGUAUCAACGUCGUACGAUAUAGGAACGGGAACUUGAUAAACGAAAAUUUCUUCUAAGUUCCCGUGACAGGUCAACUUCAAAUAAAUUGUAUUUAUGGGGUCCACUGGAAUUUUUGCACUCAUACUGGUAUUAAUAGAAUGAAACAGAUUUUCGAUAAGUACAGGGAGGGUAGUUACAAAUGUACGCCUUUGCGAUUCAGAGCAAUUUCCGACCUUAUUACCGGCGGACAAGUCCGAACAACUCGCACUUUCUAAAUUCUCAAUUUCGGCUUGCUCGCGCCCAGAAAGGUAUCCGUUCUCUCUCUCUAACGUGGUGAGAUAUUGCGAAAGUUUGACCAAACAUUGUUCCAAAGAGACGAAAUAAUUAGGUAGCAUGGGAUGCCUAUCGUCCACUCCAAACGCUAGAUUAAAUAGCAAACCAUUUCUCGGAUAUUUAGCAUGAAAAAGACAAACGGGAACGCCCAUUAUCCAGACGU